AUGGAUUUAAUGAAUCUACAACACGGUGUGGUCCGGGCCGGUGUCGCUUGUCCCCACCGCGGAUCGAUCCGCUCCGCCCAGCGCUCGCUCCUCCCAUCACCCCCCGGGAGCCCCCCGGACCCCCAAAAGACCCCCCGACCCCCGGCCGGCCUUUGUCGCGCGCCGCCCGCGCGGUCACCUGUGUCGCAGGUCCUCAGUCGCUGA